AUAAGCAGACGAUUAUGUUUCGAUUCUGCAGACGACAACUGGAAUCUAGCAUUAUCUGGAUUAAUAAAUCUAAGGAGAAAUAUAAUGAGCUUAAGUUUCAAACCAGCGUCCACAUUGGCACGUGAGAAUGAAACGCGUUCAAGUGUUGAUAGUCUGCCGCCACCAUAUGAAGAAGCUCCGAAAAAAGGAGAAACGAAUUUGGGAUAUAUUGAGCAUUCUGGAGAAGAUGUGAUUGUAACAGUGGAUGACCCGGGGUACCAGAGGGGUCUCAAACCGGAACCGGAAGCGGAGGAGGAGGAUCCAUGGAAGAUCUCCAAAGUCUAUGUCAAGGUCGUCCCCUGGGGAGAGUUGACGACAUGUGGGAAGGUUAAGCGUGUCACGUGGGACUAUUUCGGCAAGCUGGUCGUGCUGACGGGCCUCUUAUACUUGUUCAUCUGCUCACUCGACUUUCUUAGCAAUGCUUUCAAACUCAUCGGAGGAAGAGCCGCGGGUGAGAUAUUCAAACAAAGCGAACUACUUUCCAACCCCGUUACGGGCCUCAUGAUUGGUAUCCUAGCAACGGUUCUCUUCCAAUCCUCGUCGACGACUACUUCCAUCGUUGUUAGCAUGGUGGCUGCGAAAAUCAUACCGGUACGGAACGCCAUUCCUAUGGUGAUGGGAGCUAACAUCGGUACCUCAGUUACCAACACGAUCGUGUCCAUCGGCCAGAUCACCAACAAGGGCGACUUCCGGCGCGCAUUCGCGGGAGCCACCGUCCACGACAUGUUCAACUGGCUCACCGUAUUGGUACUACUGCCGCUUGAAGCUGCCACUUCGUACUUGUUUCAUUUGAGUGACGCGAUUGUGCGCAGCAUGCAUCUGUCAACGAACGAAGGAGCGGACAGAGAGUUCCUCAAGAAACUCACCCAUCCUUUCACCAAACUCGUCGUUCAGGUGGACAAGAAAGUAAUUGAAGACAUCGCCCACGGUCGUGAGACAGCUAACGCAACAAUGAUUAAACACUGCUGUAGGUCGGGAACCCGGUCUGUUACCCUGUGGAACUCCUCAGCUGACUACAACACCACGGCUUCCUGGUAUUUCAACUACACCGCCGAGGAGAAAGUCUGUGAAGAGAAAUGUAAUUUCCUAUUCGAAAGCGCAUCCAAUACCCUGAGUGAGACGACCAUUGGAAUCAUUCUUCUCGUGAUAGCGCUUGUCAUCCUCUGUGCGUGUCUCAUCGGCAUCGUCAAGACGCUUAACUCGCUCCUGCAGGGUAAAGUCGCUUUGAUCAUCAAGAAAUUCGUGAACGCCGAUUUCCCCGGAGUCAUGGGGUAUUUUACAGGAUAUCUUGCGAUUCUGAUUGGCACAGGACUUACAAUUCUCGUCCAAUCAAGUUCCGUUUUUACCUCAGCGCUAACGCCAUUGGUUGGAAUCGGUGUUAUCGAAAUUGAGCGAAUGUAUCCGCUUACCCUUGGUGCCAAUAUUGGAACUACAACUACCGCCAUUUUGGCUGCCCUCGCACAAAGCGCAGACGAUAUUGAAAACGCUCUUCAAAUUUCAUUUUGCCAUCUAUUUUUCAACCUUUCGGGUAUACUCAUGUUCUUCCCAAUCCCAAAAUCACGGUUUCCAAUCGCGAUGGCCAAGUUCCUUGGCAACCAAACCGCCAAAUACCGCUGGUUUGCUGUGGUAUAUCUAAUCCUUGUGUUCUUCAUUUUACCAGCUGCAGUUUUUGGACUCUCAGUGGUGAGCUGGAUAGCAAUGGCGGCUGUUUUCGGACCUCUACUACUUUUGUUUAUUAUAAUAGGGGUAAUAAAGGUUAUACAGAAUAAAGCCCCUGGAUGCUUACCAGUUGUUCUCAGAGAUUGGAAAUUCUUGCCCAAAUGGCUUCGUUCGCUGGAACCUGCUGACCGUGUCAUUCAGAAGGUUGUCAGAUUCCUGCCUUGCUGUAGAGCCUGUUGUAAGCAAGAAGCAAACAAAAACUCGAGCGAAGUAAUUAAGUCACCAAUGGACUCGACCAAUUUGUAACUAGAAAAAUGCAACUAAUCAAACUCAUUCCGUUAUAGGUGUCUUUCAUGUUCGACAUUUGUUAAAGGGACUAGACACCAGAUGAAACAAUUGCAAGAAAAAAACAUUGUCAAAAACUUCAUAUUAAAUUGACAUCGUUGUGUACAGCGCAUUGAAUUUUACUUACUGGUGGAUCACAUCGCUUUCGAAGUUUCGACACAUGCAUCUUUCGCAGUUUUUGCGCAUUUUUCCAAUUUUUAAUUUACUGUGAAUGUCUACUGCGUAAAUCCCAGUAAGUUUAAAAAUAGAGUCGCUAUAUUUAUCUGUACUCAUAAACAGAUAUGAUUUAAACUGGGAACCAUUUUGCGCUUUUAUAACACGGUGAAACUCAGAUGAGAUAGCAAAAUGAGUGUUGUGUGUUUUAUUUUAAUCAUGUAAAAUGAUUAAUUAGUGGCCUCCUACGCGCUCUCCUUGACAAAUUUAGGUUUAAUUUGAGUAUAUACUAUAUUUGCCGAUUUUUUUACCAUCUGGUGUCUAGUCCCUUUAAUGUGGUAAGCUGACAAUAACCACAGAAUCAUGUUGUUGACAAGCCGGUCUUGCUCAAUUAAAUUUUAAAGAUCUGUGAUUUUUCAUAUUUUAACAUAUUUCUGUUCCAUUGUUGUACAUUUAUAUUCUUGCCAUACAUGUUGUAAAUAAUUUAUAUAUUUUUACAUAAUAAUUGUGAAUAAAGUGUGUAUAUAAGAUCA